GAAUUUCAAAAAGAUGGCUGACCGAGUUAAAUGUAAUAGUCGUCGAUCAAUAGAAAACCUACUAGCUAGUAUAGAAGAAAGCAUUUCUAAAACAUUACAAGUGAAUGAUGAUAUUGAUAACAACGAAAAGGAAAGGAUUUUGGCACGUUUUAAAGAGGUAUACUUUGACAGUAUCAAGAGCAAUGUUGUAAUUGACAGUUUAACAUGGGAAGAAGCAAGUACAGAUGAAACCGCAGAAUUCAAACCAUUUGAUCUUGAGAAAAAGAAGUAUGUUCAAACAACACUUGUAGAAUUAGUGGAUGAUUCAAUUGUUCGAGUGUGCUGUCGACGGAAAAAAUACCCACCAAGGAUCACAUUUAGCUGUAGGAAAAGUUUGGAAGCUAAAGCAGUUCAAUGUGUGAAGAGAAAGCUUCAGCUAGAACCUGUGUGUCCUCAUGCUGUAGCAGAGUUGAACAAACCUCUAAUGAUGGAGAAACUAGUUGAAUCUUGCCAAGACCUGACAUCACAAGUUAAGACUGUACCAGAUGUCCUCCUCAAAACAGAUAGACUGAAGAAAUCAACAGAAACAUGUAAAAAUCACAAGAUGACACUGUCCAGUGGUGUCUUGUUCAAUGACAGUGUAGUCACUCCUCAGGAGAACUCCCUUCAAAGCAAACUUCUUAUACAACUACAAUAGUUGCUUAUUUGGCAUGUGUAUAAAGUAAAUUGUAUUUCAGCUCAUGCUUUUAAAAUGUUUUACAGGGUUGUGGUUAGCCAAUAUGAGUAAAAUUUCAUAUGGAUAAUCAAAUACAGAAAACUUGGUCACCCAUGUUUUUUGUGUUUUUAUACGCCCGUCAUUAGAUGGGACGUAUUAUGUUAUGGCGCUGUCCGUGCGUCCGUCCUUCCAUGUUCAUGUUUUCCGAACUUUUUUCUGUAACGGAUGCAUGUACAACUUUGAAAUUUGAUCACAAUAUCUCCCUCAAGAAUUGAAAGAGUGAGUUUGCAUUUCAGCUGGACCACAUCCUUGACCUACUUUAGGGCUAUAAGUAGGUCAAACAGUUUUCCAGACUUUUUGUCGUUACAGAUAUUGCCCUGAAAUUUACACAUAAGAUUCCUUUCAAAGGAAUAAGAGUUCAGUAUACAUUUCAGCUGGAUUGGUCUUGCCAUCCGUGACCAUCAAACUUUUCAUCAGAAAUUGAUGUAAUUUAUUUCAACAUUAUUUCAACAGUUUUUGAUCAUUGUGCAAGUCAUGCAUCAUAUGAAGUAGUUCAUUGGUUAGAUGCAUUUUGGGGGAGCAUCCAUAAGUUUUACUGAUAGUCUUGUUUUCUCCCAGAUUGUAUUAUUCUACUUUCGCUUUUCAUAAUGCACUUUGCUCACCAAGAUGUGUAUGGGAAAAAAAACAUGGGGAAGGUGUCUCGAAGCUCCAGAAAGAGAUGCUGAUAAAAAAAGUUGAUACAAUGACAUUGAGCACAAGAUUUAGAAUGUUUAAGCUGUGUUCCAAGAGAGAUAAAGAGGGAGAACUUGAAUACUUGGAGAAUAAUGAAGCAAAUAAAAAAUGUAAUUAUCAAAAUUUUUACAUUUUAUCUAUUUUUUCAAAAGCAGUAUAAUGUGGGCCCAUUUAACUUGAAAAAGUUAGGCUGAGAUGGUUAACCACAACCCAGUUUCAUGUAGUACAUGGACAUAAUAUGUACUGAUGUAUUUUAGUUGUGUUUUUAAAGGGGCUUGGGCAUGUUUGAGCUGAAAAUUUUAUUGUGAACUUUUCUGAUCAAAAUUUGUCCGUUGUCUGUCGUCGUAAACUUUUCACAUUUUCAUCUUCUUCUCAAGAACCACUGGGCCAAUUAUAACCAAACUUGGCCAAAAGCAUCCUUGGGUAAAGGGCUUUCAUGUUUGUUCAAAUAAAGGGCCAUGCCCCCUUUAAAGGGGAGAUAAUCACAAAAAUAGGGUGGGGUCAUUUAAGAAUCAAGAACCACUGGGCCAGAGGAGCUGAAAUUUUCAUGAAAGCUUCCUGACAUAGUGCACCUUCAAGUUUGUUCAAAUCAUGGCCCCUAGGGGUAGAUUAGGGUCACAAUAGGGGAUCAAAGUUUUACAUAGAAAUAUAUAGGGGAAAUCUUCUUCUCACGAGCCAAUGAGCCAGAAGAGCUGAGAUUUACAUGAAAGCUUUCUGACAGUGCAGAUUCAAGAUUGUUCAAAUCAUGACCUCUGCAGGUAAAUUGGGGCCACAAUAGAGGAUCAAAGUUUUACAUGUGUAGAAAUAUAUAGGGAAAAUCUUUAAAAAAAUUUCUUCUCAAGAACCAAUGAGCCAGAAGAGCUGAAAUUUAUAUGAAAGCUUCCUGACAUAGUGCAGAUUCAAGUUUGUUCAAAUCAUGGCCUCCAGGGGUAGGUUGGGGCCACAAUACGGACUGAGGUUUUACAUGCAAAUAUAUAUAGAAAGUCUUCAGAUAUGGGCCAAGGUAACUCAGGUGAGCGAUGUGGCCCUUGGGCCUCUUGUUGUUGUUUACAAUGCUUAACUAAAGUGUUUUAAAAUUGUUUUAGUUGUAAUUUGCUUAUACAUGUAUUAGAUAAAAUGUAAGCAAGACAUUUCAGAAAUUUUAUUUUUUAAUGCUUUCUACUUAGAUAUUCAUGUGUAGAGGAUGGAAGAAAACUUUUUUCUUAUUUGAAUAAGUAAGUUUUAUGAAAGUCAUUAAAAAGUUGUUGAAAAUAUGCAAGUUAUUGUAUUGCAGUUUCAAGAUUACACUCUAAGGUUGGUUGGUUGUUUAACAUCCCACUCAAGAAUUUUUCACUCAUAUGUAGACGUCAUUGCUGGUGAAGGGCUGCAAAAUUUAGGCCUAUGCUCUGCGCUAAUAGAUAUCAUAUGACAAAGUUUAUUAUAAAUAGCAAUAACGAAUAAACAAUGUGAAAAUUGUCAUGCAUACACUAUUGCACUGGUUGAUAUUAUUCCAUACAUGUAUAUCAUAUGUUUGUACAUUAUCACUGUUAUAAACUGUUCAUCUGCAAUCUGUUAUAGCCAUGUGGUUUCUGUAAACGCUGCAACAUUUGCAGUCCCUCAUGGGUGAUUAUGUACUUGCUGAUCUCCACAUACAAACAGAAAAUAAGUGGUUAUUUUGAAACCACAGAACAGGUUAUGAAAUCAUCACUAACUGCAAAAGCAGCCCUCUUUUUUGGUGGACUUUGUGUUGUUGAUAGUAAUGAUCGGUGUGUCAUCUUUAAUUGAGCCACCUCCCAUGUCACUUGCAUUUUUCAAUUGAGUUGCCAUGGCAACAAAUAAUUGUUCAACAUUGUUUGAUGUUUUUGCACUGGUUUCUAUUAAGGGAAUGUUAUGCUGGUCUGCAAAAUUCUACAAAAAUAAAAGUAUAAUAUUACAGCUCUCUAGCUAUAUUCAACCGCUUAAAUAAAAAAGGAAGCAAAAGUUCAGGGGACGUGAUUUUGAAGAUUAUGAUUGUUUUGAACUAUGAUUGUUUUGAACUUGGAAAUAAAUGAAGAUAAAUGCAUGACAUUGUUACUAUGUACAGCAAGUGACUUGUAUGAGUCAUUUGGACUCGUUUUAAUUCUUUUUUUUUUUAAAAUGAAUAUAAUUGCUUUUACUAUCCCUUUAAGAUAUUCAACCCAUAACCUCAAAAUAUCUCUAUACAAUUUUCAGAAUGAUACCACAUUUGUGAAUGUGGGUUAUCAUGUAUGAGGAAAAAGUCUGCUCAACUGACAUUGAACUUGAUAAAUCGAGUUAAGUAAUUCCACCCUCCUGUGAUGUCAUCAGAUUUCGCAAAAUCAAUUAUUUAUAUAGAUUUAUGCAUGAUAGGAACAUAAAUUUUGUUGGAGUAUUUUCCGACACUUAUUAUAAAAAAUCUUGUUAGAAAUAAACUAUUUCAAAAGUCUAAGUUAUAGAGGAAUAAUUAAUGAUACAUGUCAAAAUAUUGAAUCCAAGGGCAAUAACUCUGUUUCUAUUGAUUUCUUUAUCAAGUCUAUUAUGCGAUAGAUUUCCUUUAUUUUUUACAGAUAUUUUGUAUAUUUUUGUGAAGAUACUGUUUCAUGAAAUUGUUAUGAAUGUUACUAUAUCGUCAUAACCAAUUUUUAUGAAAAUUUGAUAACAUUGUUCAAGGAAAAUAGCAAUUUUCUGACGGUGAUAUAUGAUUCUGUUUAUGUACGUCUCUCAUCUUAAAAAGUGUGAUGACCUAUGUAUUUUAUUUGAUAAUUUUUUAGUUUUAACUCUAAUGAAUGGAAAUAAAUACACUUUUCAAACUUGUAUCAGAUAAAACUGCGAGUAUGGAGUCACCUUAAACAAAACUGAGAAGAAGAAAAAUUAAAAACAUCUGUACAA